AUGUUGUAUCUCAUGCAAAUUUAUCUAGUAUUUAAACAUAAAUUCACUGGGCAAUGUUUUGCAUAUAUAUUAUGGUUAAUUCUAUAUUUUGUAGCAUCAAAACCAGGUUCAACAAAGCGUACAAUUUCUUCACCAAGUGGUGUUACACCAAAAAGUAAGAAGUCUUUGUUUCGAACACCACAGAAGAUCACAACCCCAAAGAGACCUAGCAUUACUCACUGUGGACCAAAAAUGGUGGAUGCAAGCACAGAAACUGUGACUACAUGUACAAGAAAGCCAUUUGAUGUGAAGGUAACUUUGGUGUACAAUGAGAAGGAAAGGUCCAAAAUAAUUACAGACAAAGUAGAGAAAUCAGCCAUUAAAGCUAUUGUCAACAGGAAAGGGCCAGCUGCUGUAGAUAAACAUCUAUUAAAAUCAGAACUAUAUAAAUCUGCACUUUUAAAAUGUGUAUCAACAGAGAUUAUUAAAGAGACCUCAGCACUCACUAAAAAGCCAGAAACUGAUUUUAAAGUGUCUACAACAAAUAAACUCAUGAACUUUUCUUGGAAAGACCAAUUUGACAUCAUCAAAUUAAAAAUGCCGACUCUCUCAUCUGUUUUGGCAAGUUUUAUUACAAAGCAGAAAAGCAUGGCCCGCUUUGUGGUGGCAGUUUCUGUUCUGUUAUACACUCGAAAUCAAUUUCUUAACCUCAUGCAGUAUGUACUUGGCUUAGUACUUGAUGGCUGUGGGCUAAAUAAAGAGGGUCUAAAUAUAGUUCAUGAUCUUGGGUUAGCAGUUUCCUACACCAGCGUAAUUAAAAAGAAAAAGGACCUUGUGAAAAAACAAGAACAAAAUAUUAACAGUGUUGUCCAGGGAUUCCAAGAUAAAUGUGCAGUCAAACAAGCUACAAAUACAUGUUCAAUUCCAGAACAAGUGUCAACACUGAGAGAAAAUUGUGAGAAUCACCAAAAUGAAAUUCUAGAGUGUGACAGUCAACCAAAAACCAUUGAAAUAUUAGGAGAUAACUUUGACAUUACCAUUUCACCAUCACAUAUGACUAUGGAAAAACAGCGGAAAAGUCUCCACUGGUUCUUAACUAUGGUAAAGCAAAUUAGAGUGACAUAUGAACAUCUAAACUUGCCAACACCUGUUCCACAGCAGCAGCCCAUUCUGGAAAUACCUCCCCAUACUUGGGUCCCUUCAGUUGACCAUAUGGAAGCACUGGAACAGAACUUUAUUUUCCAUAUUUCAAAGGUACUUCUCAAGUACUUUGAAUUUCUGCAACCAGUGAAGGAUGUUUAUCCAGCAUAUAUAGACCACCCUUAUACAGAAAUAACAAAAAAGAAAUCAGUGAUAUUCAACUGUGACCUAAUUGACUCAAGUGAAAAUUCAUCCCAAGGUAUGAUCAAUAUUUUGCAAAAGGUGCAUGAAUUGGCUGUUCCUCAUUCAGAUGGCAGAGUAGUGCAAAAACUUGUAUUUGGAGGAGAUGUCCUUACUAAUGAAAGGGCUUUCUCGGCACAGCAGGCAAUGCAGAAUGGUGAUACAGAGUUUCACUGUUUGUUUGGAAUUGUACACAGACCAGAUGGACUUCACAGAGAAUUCAACUUCCUAUUAGGAAUCUACCAGCUCUUCUACACCAGUGGUAGUGCUCGGGACCCUGGAUCAUUAUAUCAGCUCCGUAAUCUGAUUAACCGCAGAGAUGUGACUGGUGCGCAAGAUGUUGUGCAGAAGUUCAGACCCCAUCAAGAUUUUCUACAAGAUGUUACAGAUGCAUACAUUGUCGCUGCUGGGUUAGAUAUACUGGACAUGGAGGAUAUGGCAUCACCUGUCCCACAUCCUCCUAUACAUUUAAUGAACAAAAGCCAAAAAAUAGAGUAUGUGAAUUUGUUGUCAAAACGUAUUGUAGAAAGUCUUGAACUAAGUGAAAAGGAUAGUAUUUCCAAGCUAACGACAGACUUAACAGCUCUUCAUUCAGAUGACUGCCAACUUGAAGCUAUGAAAAUUGGUGAUCAAUACACAUGUUGUCUUUGUGGUAAAACAUAUACAUCAUUGAAUUGGUUUAAACAGCAUCUUGUCAAAAAACAUCAUUGGAAUUUCCACAAAGUUAAUGAGGAUGCUCCAGUUAGUAAUGCUGUGAAGCAUUUCUUGUUUAUGUCCUUGUUAUUCAGGGACACUUGUGACUCGUAUAAAAUGUGUGAUGGAGACAGAUCAAUUCGAAAUGCACACUUUGAAUGGUUGUAUGACUCAUCGAUUAAACACUCGAAAUAUAAAAUAUGGUUGUGGCGGAUGGUGUCAUAUUCAAUGUCUCUUCUUGGGGCAAAAUAAAGUUUUGAAUACAAAUGGAAUAUUUGUGUAAAUUUGCAUGGUGGGGUAUGUAACAACAUCCCAAAUGACAAUGCCGUGGAGAUACAAGUUCACAAUAUAAAGCAGGAACUAAAUCGCCAAGGAGCAAACAAAUCCUAUGAAUCUGCUAAACAAGUCUGUAUGACCACACAAGUAGUGAGUGACAUUAAACAAAACUUAAUCAGAACAACCCGAACAGCAAGAUCAAAGAGAGAACGACCACCAGUUAACAAAAAUGGGGACAUAAAGGCAAUGGUUGACUACCUGAGACAAAGAGGAAGUGUUAAGGACUUGCGUUGGAAUAACUUUUCUACAUUCAGAAACCCUUUAGACUGUAUACAUGCUGGAGACUUGCAUGAUUGGAUAAAUACUCAAAAGAAAAUAGCAAAUUUGUUAAUGUAAUUCUGUGCCAGGAACAUUAUGCAGAAAUGCAUAUGUAUUAAUUUCUUUACAAAUGUCAAACAUAUGAUUAAUAAUGUUUAAAAACAAUAUAUUUAGAGUAUGCAAGAUGUUAAACAGCUGAAAAAAGUAGUGCUGAAUGUACAUUAUUGUGUCGAAAAUGUUAACAAAUAGUAUUUUGACUUCCAUAAAAAUUACUUAUAAAUUCAUUAUGAAUACACCAAUUGCCAACCACUGGUGGAAACUUAAACAAGAUACCACAAAUUUAAAGUUUUUGUGAAAUCAAAAUUAUAGCACUUGUAUUAACAUAAAAUUGUAUUGUUUUACUUUCAAUCUAGGUCAUAUUUGUUACAUUAGGUUUAUUAAUUGACAUGACCUUAGUAAUAGAUACAUUUUUCAUUUUUCAAGGAAUCACUAAAUGUAAUUAUUAUUUAAAGGUAAUUAAUAUAUUGUGCAGGUUAGAAGCUUGAACAUGUUUUAAUCUAGAAGGUUAAAUUUACUAUUAUUUAUGAUCACCAGAAACAAUACAUGUAUGUUUUAAUUUUUAAAUGCAUGUUUGACAGGAAAAUGUUCAUGUCCCUGCAGACAAAGUCAAAUAUAGAGGUCAAAGAAAAUAUAAAAAUAUGAAAAUGUGUGGAACCAUUUAGUCAUCAUUUAUUGCGAUAUUUUACCACAAAUGUUUUCUUUCAUUAAAACUGAAUUUCAAGGGCUGAAUGCAAGACUAUUCUGACUUGGAUUUUGAAAAGUUUUCAGGAAAUGGAAAACAUAUGAGCCGUGUCAUGACAAAACCAACAUAAUGGGUUUGCGACCAGCAUGGAUCCAGAACAGCCUGCACAUCCGCGCAGUCUGAUCAGGAUCCAUGCUGUUCGCUAUCAGUUUCUCUACUUGUAAUAGAGUUGGUAAGCGAACAGCAAGGAUCCUGAUCAGACUGCGCGGAUGCGCAGGUUGGUCUGGAUCCAUGCUGGUCGCAAACGCACUAUGUUGGUUUUGUCGUGACACGGCUCAUAUUAUAUUGUGAUAAAGAAAUUCACUACCAACCUUAUCCCCCCAAAAAAAAUUAGACAUUUGUUGUAUACAUGUUCAUUUAUUCAAGAAAAGUCUUAAAUAUGCAUUUCAUUGCCUACAUGUUAACAUAGGCAAUUGUUGCACUAGAAACGACACUUUUUCCUGAAUAUUUAUUUUGCAAACCUAUUCAAUCUCGAGUUAGAAUACCUUAAUGAUAUAAAAUGUCCUUUUGAUUAUUAAAAUAUUGUCUUAAGAUAGAUUACUUUUGCAAUACCUUGAAAGUUAAGAAUGUAAUUAUCUAUCAAGUUAGAAUAUAAUUGCAAACCCAUUAUGUUGGUUUUGUCAUGACACGGCUCAUAUGUUUAUUUUCUUAUAGUAAAUUUGAUUUGUCAAAUAAUUGUUUUUGGUUUGGGGCUGUUCUAAAACCAUAUUAUAUAGUAUAAUUUGUUACUACAUGUAGUACAUAUUUGCAGAAUUAUUGAUAAUUUAUACCCUACUAAGAUAUAGUAGGUACUAUGACUUAUAACCUUGCUGAAUUCACCAUACAAACACAAAAAUAAGGUAAUAAUUUUCAUUCUAUGAUGUCUUUUGUGUUUAAACUAGUAUUUUCAAUUAAAAUCUGCAGAUUCUUAAUAUUAAAUAUUAAACCUUAUGUUGAGGCAAAAGCUGUUGUUGCAAGUUUUUUUUAAUUUGCGUGACACAGGGCACCAUGUAAAAUAAUGUAAAUAAUGAAAUGAUUGAGUUGUGAUACAUGUAAUUUAGGUCGAUAUAUGAAAUUAUAACCUUGAGAUGUAGUGUCUCAUGCAUGAACCAGGCCAUGUAACAUGUUGAUUAGUUGUGGGUAUCCAACAAUGCUACUUUCUGUGAAUUAUAAAAUUCUUUUACACAUAUGAAGGGAUAUAUCAUUAUACUGUAGCACCAAUAUGUAAAAGUUUGUUUUGCAGUUUGAAAAUAUGAUAUUUCUAUCUUAAGCAUAUAAUGUCUGAACAUGGCUGUCAGGAGAGUAGCAUCUAUAGUAUAAUCAAUUUCAUUUUGAAUAUAUGCAUCUUUUAAUGAAUUAAAGGGAACUGAUUUUCCUAAUAAACUUAUAAAAAGAACUAGUCUUAUGUGUUUUCACUUUGCUAAAUUUGCUUUUUUAUUGCCACUGGGCUAUUGUAACAUAGUUUAGAACGGUGGCGUUUUCAGCAAAAAGUGAAACAUGUGCUUAACAUCUGCUUUUCCCAAUCACUAUCGACAACAUCGCAGGUUGAAUCGCUUUUCUUUUUACAACAUGU